CUGAUCAGAGUUUAGUACAGACACUACAGGAUCUUGGAGGGUCAACCCCACACAACUAAUACAAAUGGGCUCCAUCGCCUAGUAUUCUCCACCACCCAACAUCAAGCAACUGUCAGCCUGAUUCCAUCGCUGCCAUCAUAACCUGAAUACUAAAGUGUUCAUUCAUAGUAUGAGGAUCAUUCAACAAAGAAUAUCAAGACAACUUCCCUACUUCAUCACUAAGCUGUUAUGAUCUAAAGGUUUUCCAUCUUUUAAACGGAUUACACUUGAACAUCAGGAAAAAUGGCAGCAAUUCCAUCCAGCGGCUCCCUUGUUGCUACCCAUGACUAUUACCGAAGGCGCAUAGGAUCUACUUCCAGCAAUAGUUCCUGUGGCAGUUCGGAUUACAUUGGGGAAGUUAUUCCACACCACCCAGGUCUACCUAGGCAGGACUCAGGACAUUGGUGGUCCAGCUUUUUCUUUGGCAAGCAGAAUACACCUAAUGGACUUGACGCACAGCAGAAGAAUGGAACCUAUACCGUGACUAAUGGGAAAGUGACUUGUGUUGCCAAGGAAAUGGUGCUGAAGAGGCAGGCCAGUGAGAGCAGUGACCAUGGAAAUCCUGAGCCCAGCACUCCACCCGCUUCCUAAUCCCCGAUCAUUUAUUAAUCAUAGUAUCAUCACCUUAAAAAUCAUACCCACAUUCUACCUACAGUUACCCCUCUCACACUAUCCUGGAGUCAUCGUGGAUAGAAGCAGGCAACGAAGGCUCCAUCUAUGUUGUAUUUUUUUGUCAGAACCGGCUGUCUUUAUGUUCUGUUUCAAAAGCUACUUUUGUAUCAAUGACCAAAAUAAUUUCAUAAAAACAAAGCUUGUGCACUUUAUUGUUAAACUGCUUGUUCUGUAAUAAAAAAGCUGCAGCCUGUA